UCUUUCUUUGUUGAGAAAAAAUAAAUUAACCUUCUUUUUCUACAACUUUCUUGUUCCCGUUAGUAUACCAUGAGCAGUGGCAGUGGGGAGACUGCACCGUUGCUCAGCAACAGAUCCGUGUCCAACAGAACCUAUGUGGAGGAUAAUGACGACAUCAGCGUCGUAUCGUCAAGCUCGUCUUCGACCGAAAACAGCGCCAAAGCGAAAAUGGACGACUUGGUAUCCAAAAGACUGAACGGUGCCCAUCUUUUUGUAAUUCUCAUAGGCUUAUGGAUAGGUGUAUUCUUAUCGUCGCUCGACUCGAGCAUUGUCGCAACAAUUUACCCAGAAAUCGGCACACAGUUCAAGCAAUCAAAUCAAAUUAUCUGGGUUGCUACCGCUUACAUGUUGAGCUAUACUGCAUUACAACCACUAUAUGGACGAAUUUCGGAUGCGUUUGGUCGUAAAAACGCUCUCGUGUUUGCCGCUUUAAUUUUCUUCAUUGGUUCCUUCUUCUGUGGAGCUGCCAACAGCUUGUGGACUUUGGUCAUCGCACGCGGUGUGGCUGGCAUUGGUGGUGGUGGUCUCAAUACGAUGUCAGCAGUGAUUACUUCGGAUUUGGUAUCAUUGCGGGAAAGAGGCAAAUUCCAGGGUUAUGCAAACAUUGCAUAUGGCUUGGGAUCUGUUAUCGGUGCCCCAUUAGGUGGCUUUAUUACGGAUACCAUUGGCUGGCGCUAUUGCUUCUAUAUCAAUCUACCAAUUCUUUUGAUGACACUUUACGUAUCCGUCGGAAUCUUGACAAACUACAAUUUGAAGGAACAGGAAGAAGAAUCAACAUUAUGGGAACGGUUUAAGAAGAUCGACUAUGCAGGUGCCAUUACUGUAGUGCUGUCUGUGGUUUGCUUUAUGCUGGCAACUUCUUGGGGAGGCAACACGAAAGCCUGGUCUGAUCCACUUGUUAUUGGUACGCUGAGUGGAAGCGUUGUGUUUGCUAUUGCAUUCUGCAUCAUCGAAGCUAAAGUUGCCAAAUUCCCUAUCAUGCCAUGGCAUAUCGUGUCUAACCGAACGGCGUUCGCAAGUGCGCUAACGAACCUUUUCGGUAUUACCUGCAGCUAUGGAACGACCUUCACUACGCCCCUUUUCUUCCAGGGUCUUUUGGGAUAUACCCCCUCACAAGCUGGCUUGUUCUUCAUUCCCAAAGUCAUUGCAAUGUCUGCUGGUUCACUGACAUCCGGUUUCUACAUGUCACACACUGGUGAAUAUCGUCGGUACUUGUUGUGUGCAUCCGCAUUAGCACUUGUUUCCAUGAUUUGCUACUCGCAGUGGCAGCCAACAACGUCAUAUUACUUUAUCAUUCCAACUCUCAUGAUGGAUGGCUUCGCAUCUGGAUCUAUCAUCACUUCGGCCUUGAUUGCUAUGUUAUCAUGCGUGGAGCAGCAUGAAAUGGCAACGAUCACAUCCAUUUCGUAUCUGUUCCGAUCUGCUGGCGGCGUGAUAGGUAUCUCGGCAACGUCCGCUAUUUUCCAAGGCGUUGUCAAACAUAUUCUUAGCGAAAAGAUUACCGGUCCAGAUGCAGACAAGAUUAUCGACAUUGCACGCAAAUCAAUGACCGACAUCCGCCACCUUCUACCGGAUGAUGCUUUGGAAGUUGUGCUAGGAGCAUACCAAACUGCUUUGAAAGGCUCAUUCUUUUUCUGCGUUGUUGUAUCCUUGUUAGGUUUUAUUGCUUGCUCAUUUAUCAAGCAGAAUCACCUUGAAAGCAAGGUUAGAAAAUAGAUCAGCAGUACCUUUUCGCUUUUUCAUGCUUGCACUUGUAUUGUAUAUACCUAGAUAAAAGAAUACACAAUGUAGAUUGUGUAAUUAUAUGUUACAAUAUGUAUGAACCACUUUCUUUCAAUUUCUUCGAUUUUUUUUUCGUAUGGACACACACCUUUUUUAUCUGCGGGAUUCGGG